AUGUCAAGUAUCCUGAUCAUCUCGUUGCGCAUGGGCUACCUGUUCUCCCUUAUCGUGACCGUCGCCGCCCAGGUGAAUUUGAAUGACAAUGGAAACAAUACAGCAGCGAGAGUUAUUGCAGGAGUCAUCGUCGGGGUCGUCAUUAUUGUACUGCUGGCGAUUACCUUUGGCCUCGUCUACCGCCGUCGCCGUCGCGCGGUUGUAACGACGCUCCCGAUUACUCAGCCCAUGAGUACUCCUUCACAAACCUAUACUUCACUACCCCACCCCUCCACGAGGCAUGCACGACGUCAAUCAUAUCUGGGGGACAACCUCCCACAGACAGGUUUUGCGGCAGCUGAAGGCCAGCUCCCGGUCUACACACCGCCGCCUCCACCUCCGCCAUAUAACAGGAAGGAGACCUCGCAUGACAUGGCCGUUGAGAUACCCGAAGAAGAUUCUAUGGAAACCACACAUGAACCUAACGAGGAUACAGGGUCAUCCGCAAACAUCAAUGACACGAUACCUUCGGGUCCUCCUCCUCCUGCGCAUACCAACGCAAACUCUUCACGGUUCGGAUGGCUUAGAGGUCAGUCUUGA